AUCAACCGUCACUCAUCAGUUCGAAAGAGAUCGAAGAAGAAAAGAGCAAAGCAUCCCAAAACCAAAACCCGAAAAAAUGUGUUCCUUUUCUGCGCUGGAAUCCAUCCGCAAGCACCUCCUAGACGACGAGCCGCCGACAGAGGCGGCUGCAGAUAGCUACCCGGCGCCGCCGUCACCUGCCGGGACAGAGAGCUUCCUACUCUCGACCGCUGAAUAUUGGAGCGACAUUUUGUCGGAUACAUCGACGGCGGAGCCCGUAAAUACGGCGCCGUUUUCGGCGGCCGUAUUGCCGAAGAAGGCGCAUUACAAGGGAGUGAGGAGACGGCCGUGGGGAAAGUACGCGGCUGAGAUUAGGGAUCCGAAGAAGAACGGCUCCAGGAUCUGGCUCGGGACUUACGAGACUCCACAGGAUGCGGCGCUGGCUUACGAUCGAGCCGCUUUCCAGAUGCGCGGCUCGAAAGCCAAGCUCAACUUCCCUCAUUUAGUGGGAUCGGCUGAUUACGAGCCGGUCAGGGUGACUAAUAGCAAGAAGCGCAGCUCGCCGGAGCCGCCGUGCGCGAAGUCGUUUUCGUCGUCGUCGUCCUCCUCCUCGUCGUGGCUGUCGUUUUCGGAAGCGGAAUCGCCAACGGCGAAGAGCAAUGAGAUGAGUAUGAUUGAGUCGUACUUGGAACUGGAAGAUGGAUUUGGCAGCGGACUAUUGGUUGAUCAAUAUUGCACAAUGUAAUGUGAUUGUCUAUCGUUUUCCAAUUUCUCCCUUUCUCCGUUUUUCGAAUUGGAGUUGAAAAGAGUAAGAAAAAUAAUACUUGACCUUCAAUUGAUCAAAGAUUGCGGAGCAUUCGAUUGCAGCGAAGUAGAGAUAUAUUGUGAUUUUACAUUGAUAUUAAGCUUUUUUUUAUCGGUAGUAUGAACAUUUGAUUCUCUUUCAAAUCAAACCUCUACUGCUACCAUACUCAUACAAAUAUGAGACUUGAUGGACAAAUUAAUUGUAUGGUUGCAAUUAGAAGUCUUUCUAAAAUGAGUGCAAUUUGAUUCACAUAAUUUGGUGUUGCGCUUUGUAUUUUUUUUUCCUUUAAAAUUGAACAACGAUGGUUAACGUUCUUGGUGGUUUAACUGUCAUGAGAGUGUCAAGAAAAAAAAAAUUAUUCGAUACAGUUUGCCCUGAGAUUUUUCUUAUUAUUCCUAAAAAAGAGGACUUUGUAACUAGGGUGAGAAGCGAGGUGAGCUGCCACGGAUUGCUCCUUCGAUUGCUUGAAACCUCUUUGCUGAAAGUGAAAGUGAAAACAUGAGAAAGACUAGAGAUCCAGAUGGAGGAUGCCCACUUUGGUCGGAUUAGGAAAAGCGGAUUGAGAUUACUAAUGACGGAUGGGCCCAUGGCAGUAUUGUGUUGCAGGUGUACGAUCUCACGCUUUUUCAUUCACAGAAGAAGAAGGAAACAAUGGACACAAAUUCAAGGGCCCAGAGAUUACAGCGCAUCCGCCUUCCUGUUUAGUGAAUCUAAAGAGCGGUAAAAAUUAGUGUGCUUGUUAGUCAAGCACGUUUGGCCAACUGUCAGAAGCAUCGGGUUUACACUCUCUUAUCCUUACUGAUCGCCUUCUCCUUGUUAAACCUUCAGGAUCCACUGUGGACUUGAGACUGUCGAGCGUGACAUCAUCCAAUGAAGAAUGCCCUAGCUCACAAGAACUUUUGAUAGAUAUUUGUUACAUACCACUACAAUUCAGUACCUACAAGCAAAUUGGGUGGCUAAGUCUUAACCCGUGAUGUUCUUCACACCAACUUGGAUUCAUACAUUUAAUAUUAUUUCAUCUUGCCUCUGGUAACUUGGCUGAUCACUCUUUCUGAUGGUAAACUCUAUAACAUAUUCACAUCAAAUCUGGCCCAAUAAUUAGUUAAAUACAUGUGCCGAUCGAUAGAUUGAGUGCUCCUAAACUUUUGGAUGAGAUGAAUUAUCCUAUGAGGAAUAGAUUUGUGAAAAAAUGAAAUGUUUAGAAAACUAAGCAUAAAUGGAAUCACAUCCCCACCUAGUUUUUUUUUUUUUUUUUUAAUAUGAGAAGUAAAAAAAUUUUAUGGGAUGCUUCAUGCUUGCAACACAAUUGUCAUGACUUGAAUUACCAAUAUAAUUUAUUUCUUGAAAAUAUUUAUGGUGUUCACUAAUUGUGGAACAGAAGCCACAUGGCGCCCGCAUCUCUAGUAUGUACUUGUGUUCCCGGUAAAUAUUAUCUUAUCCAAUAAUGGACAAAAUUAGCAAUUAUAUUGUUCCUCCCAAUACCAAUAUUCAUAAUAUCAGAAUAAUGCAUGGUUACGUGUUAUCACAUGGGUAUUGAUUCUGUAUUGUAUAAUAUAUAUCCCCCAAAUAAUAAUAUAAUGAUGCCAAUAAUCAUGAAAAAAAUGUGGAGAAAGAAUUCAAGGCAUCUUGCUUCUAGGAUCCUAAGCAAGUAGAAUAUACAACUUUUUGUAUAAGGGUGACCAAACCCUUAAUUGCAAUACAAUAUUACCAAUAUUAGAAAUUCAACUCCUGGUAUGAUAAUUAAGAAUCCUUACCUAGUUUAGAAAACUGACUUGGAAUCUUACUCUAAAUUAAAUAGGAAUUCUAAUAUAUAUGAGAAUUCCUUUUUCUUGGACAAGGAAUAAUUCAUUAAUAAUGGAACCAAUUACUA